AUGCAGUAUCCUAUUUGUGCUAUUUCAAAAGCAAAAUAUUUAACUCGAGGCGGUUGGAUAAAUUUUAAAAACCAAUCUGACUUCGAAAUCCCUUUCCAAAUACACCGCGAAAAUGGACACCUCAUGUUAUUCUGGUUAGGCGAUUUACAAUCAAGGACCAACAUCGAAGGGAGACUACAAGGAACUCCAAGUGUAAAAGAAGUUUUAUUUUCAACUGACAUUCGAUCAUCAGAUAAUGCUUCUAGUUCAGGAUUAACUAUAAGUGAACUAAUAGCUGUGGCGAUUUGUUCUAUUCUAUUAGGACUAAUGUAUGUAGCAUCUAUUUUGUUGUACUUGCAUGUCCGUAAAGGGAGACCUAAGGGACAAAAUGGAGAUAUAGAAGCUUUUAAAAAUCCAUUAAUGUCAAACGGUAUUACUGAAGAGGGUAUAGUAAAAAACAACCCUCUGUUACAACACAGUUACAAUGAUAAUGAGGCCUUUGAGUCAGACGAAGACAGAAAUUAUAGUAUAAGUACACAAGGAGAACCUUCUAUGGAUAUGAUGGAAAAUAAUAAUAUUAAUAGAAAUUUAACAACAGCUAUUGUACACCCUAUUCAGUCAUUUAACUCAUGUGUUGGCCAUUCAAUGUAUUAUUCAGAUUCAAAUUCUAUAGAAAAACAUCCAGAAGAGGAUAUUUCAAUAGUGGAAACAUUGGAUAACAAAGAAGAUCGACCAGAUAAUAUCAGAUCAAUAGUGUGUGCUAAUCCAAGAAAAAAACUUUACUUCAAUCCAGACUAUUUUGAACUUGAAUUAUUAAUGGCUCCUCCACCUGCAGCGUUAGAAUUUUUGGAAAAAAUUCGUGAAGUAAUACACGAAGCGAAAAGAAAAAUAACAAUGAAAAAAUUCACACCAAAUCUUAUUGUGAUUCAAGAAGAUGCAAAUGAAGACACAAAUGAACCAUUAAGUUCUUGCAAUAAAUGCAAGACUCAAUUUAAAAUUAAAUCAGCUACAAUACAAAAAUGGUUGAUGAAUGUACCUAUAGAAGUUACCAAACCCAAGAAAAAUCAAGCUCCUUGUGUUCCUGUUGAGUUAAAAGCAAAAGAUGACGUAAAUGAUGGAAAUGACUUGCAACUCAAAGAAAACAAAUUAAAAUCACAAACUGAUGAAGUAGAAGAAGCAGAAGAAGAAGAAAAAGUAAUAGAAGAAAAAGAAGAAGAAGAAGAAGAUGAUGAUGAUGAUGAUGACGAGGAACAGGGUACUAACAUCGAAUGCGAUAGUUUGGAAAGAUCAAUGAAUUACAGGCAGAAAUGUGGAUAUCAUACACCGUCAGAGUACGGAUUUGUUAGACCAGACCUGAGUCCAGUUUUAAGUAAUUCUGCUUUACCAAUGGAUGAAGAACUUACCAUUAGAACCACAUAUACUUAUGACACUAUCACGAAAAGAGAAAGCUAUUAUGAACAUAUAUCUGGUCCAGACUGUAUACGAGAAAAACCCAAAACGGAAAUCUUACCCGAUAUACUUAAUAGGUCAUCCGAACGUUAUAGUUUGGUUAGCGAAGUAUAUGUAAACGAUAACUUUAACACUAGUAUGUCGCCUAAUAAUUCACUGGAUAAAAAGAUUAAAAAGAAGAGUCCAGGUCAAAUAACUAUUGAAGUAGAAGACUGUCCUGACAAUCAUCCAGCAGAGGAUUCGGACAGUUUUGAACCAGAUACAUUAGAUAGAAACUGUACGAAAAUAAAACCAAAUUUGAAAGCAGUAUACUCUUCAGACUCAUUAGAGCAAUUCAAUAGUCCUAAAAGCAUGAACAAUAAUGGAUAUGGUAGUUUAUUAGAGAUAUACGAAGCAAAGAAUGUCCUGGCUGAUGUGCAAAAGAGAAGAGAUAUGAGCCAACUUGAGGCCAAAUACUUAAAACCAGAUCCAAAACACUGUCGAAGGCAAAGGUGUCCAUCACCUUUGUCUGUACAAAAGCCUCCAAAAAACGCCUGUGUCAGAAGCACUAGCAAACCCGGAGUCAUGCAAUCCGAUUGCGUCAGCUCACAAUUUAACCAGCGAACCCAUAAUAUCAUGGCUGGUGCUUCUGACAAACAAGCAGUCAAAAGUUCGCCAAUUGAUCAUAACAGAUAUGAAGACUCCGGGUAUCUUAGUACUGAAUCUAACGAAUCUCUCAACAAAGUGGUGGCUACUAGUCUAGAUACAGAUGAAUCUGGGGCAGAAAGCAUAGACACAGAUUUCAAAUUUUAUAAAUCUCGUACAGACCGUAAUUACUGUGAUUGGUAA